UACCUACAUUUCUAAAGAAAAAUGUGUUAGAAAAAUGGUGAUCAUUGACACAGCCUAUAUUAGCAGUAAGGGGCAUUCCGCUGAUGGCGGGGACUUAAUUGUCAAAUGUGGACUGGUCUUCUUCUCCCGUUUGUUUCGUAAUAAGUAAAAUAAUGCUAUGCUCAGUGUGAACUAUGAAUAAAUCUAAUCAAGCAGACAUCUCUGUGAUUCUGGCUUUGCAAGAAGAGAACAGCUGUAACAUCAUCUUGCAAGCCUGGAAAUGUCAUUCUUGAGACGCCUAAUUGGGUGUAAAAGAGGUCGAAUGUGUAGAGAUAAUUACUCUUUCUCUGAUACUAAUUCUGAGCAUUCUGUGUCUGCAUCCACAAAGGGUCUUCUUAAGAAAUGGAAGAAUUAUCAAACAGUUAACCACUGCAGUAGCAGUAAAAGAGUUGUGGUUUUGGUGGAUGAAGGGAGAGAAGCUAAGGUGGCCCUCUUGUGGGCUCUCUCCAAUGUCCUCCAUGGUUACCACACCCUCACAUUGCUUCAUGUUCUUGACAACCGGGAUGUUGGCUGCACAGGUGGUCAAUUCCGGAGGGGUAAUGAAAAUGGGGGAAAAGAUAGCCUGGACAGAGAAUUCUCACUAGUCAAAUCGCUGGAAACCAUUUGCAAAUCAUACUGCCCAGAGGUUCAAGUUGAGGUGGUGAUGACAGAAGGAAAUAAAAAGAGUACAAUUCUGUGGUGGGUCAAAAAAUUAGAAGCAUCAAUGCUGGUGGUCGGCCAGAAGAAGCCAUCAAGGUUUUACAGAAAAGAGGACACAGUGGACUUCUGCAUUGCCAACACAGAGUGUUUGACUGUGGGUGUUAGAAAAAGAAGCAGCAGAAUUGGAGGGUACAUUAUCAAUAGCAGAGAGGUUAAAAACUUCUGGCUUCUGGCUUAGGCUUUCAAACUGUUUGCAGUUCAUACAAAUUAAUGAAAGUGCAGAUGCCAGAAGGAACAGGAUUGAACAGAGAAUGAAUAAGGAAUUUCUGGUUUGGAGCACAAGGAUGGGACUAGUGCUACUGAUCAUUUACUGUCUUUUACAAUGAGUACAAGGCCCAUUGACUUUGGUGUGUUUGGUAAGCUCUUUUUAAUUAAUAAAUUUUAGUUGGACAUGGCAAAAAGCUGGAAGCAUUCUCCAUGUGUUUGUAGCAAGGGUAAGAGUCUAAGAGAUCGAUUGCCUCUGCCAUUGGUUUUGAAAAAGGUUUUAUUUGAAAUGUCUCUUGACCAUGACUGUAACGUGGCAGACUACUUUCUUUGUCUGUACUUUUUGAAGGGAAGCCGUGCUAGGUAUAACGUGAGCACAAUCUGGGCGACUCCUUUCUUUCUAAUUGGGAAUGAGAUGGAAAUGUGAUUUGUGUU